AUGACUGCGCGGAUGGACCAGCUUAUCCACAAACUGAGCGUUCUCACCGCCCGGUCUGAGGAGACCAUGCAAGUCAACGCAGAGCUCUCUCAGGCUCUGCAUUGUGUCCAGGCAGAUCUGGUAGCCAACGAAAACAAGAUCCAAGAGUUGAGCUUCAAGAUCGACUCUUCCACCGCAUAUCUGGAGAACUUGACGUCUCUAACGCUACGCACCCAACUUUUGGAGUCCCAAACACUGCGCGACGAGGACAACGGCUUGAGCUGGAAAGCUACAGAAACCACUAUCGAGAACUUACAGAAAGAGUAUCUGUACCUCAAUGGACAGCUCGGUAAAGACAGUUAUCAUGAGAGCGAUGCAGAAACCGACACCUGCGAGCCGAGCGAGUCCAACGAAACAUCGCUAUUUUCUGGGCAUGACAAUUCAGAUACUACUCUGAAUUCUUUGCGGGCCACUAUGAACGAGGCUGAUCUGGCGUCCAAGCCGCGCAUGCCGCCAAUAGAGCCGAUCCUGGACGAGUCAGACUCAAGCUGGACGCCAGAACAACAGUUCUUGCCCGUGCGAGGGUUUGACGCGCCAUUCUUGGACGUCAUUUCUGAGGCCGACGAGAAAGAGCCACAGCGGGGCAGAUCAACACAUAGUUUGGACGACAUUGAUGUCGAGUUUGGUGAUUGCUCGGACCACGAGCGAAUUCUGGAGCUGGUCGCGAGCGACGACGAGAGCACGGCCAGCAGCACAGAUAUUAUUGAGUGGUACCGCAGCGAGCCACGCUGUGCUCCUAUUCAGAUCGGUGCGGGCCGACCGGUGGUGACGAACGAGAUGACAGACAUUGUGAGCGAGAUGUCGUUCCGGCCGCGAUCAACGGUCGACGCAUUGCACUCGCUGAUACAGAAAGGACCGGCGCGAAAGCCCAAAACGCCCAAGAACUGGCUAGUAGACUUGAUACCUAAUAGCUCGCAGGUAACGAGCGAAACAGGUCGGCUGAUAGGUCAGCCGGCCGCCCACGUGUUCCCUCGUGAGAGUGUUCGAGGUGGGGCGCAUUCCACCAUGAUCAUCAAUAGGAAGGGCUGGAUCAUACGGCACGGACCUGGGCCCGGUUUGAGCGAUGUCCUCAGCACCAGAGUCAGUCACGGUGCGCUCCGGGACGCUCUGAGAAGCAAUCUGGAGGAUCGCAGCAUACACUAA